AUGACUUUGCAAGGCUAUAAUUUUGUAAUUAAGCACCGUUCCAGAAAACAACUUCUUCAUGUAAACAAAUCCUCUAAGGUAGUAAGAUGUGAAGAAGUAAAAAUAAUUUUAGAUGCAAUUUAUGGGAGUGCUAUUGGAGGACACUUAGGAGAAGCUGCUACCAUUUGGAAGAUUAGAAAGAGAUAUUUUUGGCCGCAAAUGAUUUCUGAAAUUAAAAAUUUUAUCAAGGGUUGUAUAAUUUGUCAGCAACAAGAAAAACUGAAAACACGCGAAUCUUUAUAUCUGAUAAGGACAACACAACCAUUUGACUGA